AUGAGACGAGAUACGCACAAUUUUGGUCAGGCCCGCAGCCAUGACGAUUCCCUAGACUUAGUUUUCUGGCAAGCAGUCUCUUCCUCGAUACCGGCUCCACAGCCAGAUUCGAGCAGAGUAGCGGACGAAGAAGCGCCCUCCCUCUCCAAGGUCAGCAUAGCAGCCGCCGCCCGCGAGAUCAUCUGCGCAGUCGGCGAGGACCCGGCUCGCGAGGGUCUUGCAGAGACGCCAAACAGAUACGCCGAGGCGCUUCAGUUCUUCACUCAGGGCUACUCCAAGAACAUCCACGAGGUGUCCAAUGAUGCGAUAUUCAGUAUAGACUCGAGGGAACUCGUCAUCAUGCACAUUGGAUACGUUCCCAACGGCCGCGUGCUAGGUUUGUCCAAGCUGCCCCGGAUCGCCGAGGUCUAUGCGCGCAGACUCCAGAUCCAGGAGCGUCUGACAAAGCAGGUCGGGGAGGCCAUCAACGAGGUCCUCAGUCCCCUGGGCGUCGCCGUCGUCCUCGAGUGCACCCACAUGUGCAUGGUGAUGAGGGGCGUGCAGAAGACGGGGACGGUGACUCUGACGCAGAGCAUGACUGGCUUACUGAAGGAUGAUCUGAACGAACAGAACAAGUUCUAUACCCUGCUUUCUCAUGGACAGCGUGGUUAG